AUGCAAACAUCGCGCACUGAAAUUUGGGACACAGAAGGUCUUAAUAAAGAAAAUGUAAGAAUUCUUUUAGAUUCCGGAUCGCAAAGAACGUACAUUACAGAGCGACUGGCAACAUCCCUGAAUCUAAAGAGGACAAAUGAACAAGAGAUUCGUCUGGUUACGUUUGGUAGCGACAAAUCGAAGGUGAUAAAGACAAUGUCUACAAAGUUAAAUGUUCGGUUGAAGGAUGGACACGAUUACACAAUAACAGCAAAUAUAGUUCCAACAAUUACAGGAAGCAUUCAAAGGAAACCAGUACGUAUAUCGGAUAGAGACAACUUCAGGUCGUUGAUAAAGAACCUUAGUCUAGCGGACGAUAUACCUACUGAAGAAUACACAGACUCAAUUGAAUUAUUGUUGGGAAAUGAUUAUUACCUGGAUAUAGUAUUAAGACAUAAAAUAGAGAUUCAACCAGGACUUUAUCUCUUGUCGUCAAAACUAGGUUGGAUUCUUUCUGGAAGAACAAAUGAGAUAGAUGAUAAUGUGAGUGAUACAAACUUGUUAAUAUUAUCAUAUGGCAAUAACAUUACAAAGACGCAAGUGUUUACGAACGUUGACAAAUGUGUUCCAAAAACACCUGACAUCGAGGACUUUUGGAACAUAGAAACAAUAGGAUUAAAAGAUACCACCAACGUAAGAUCUGAAGAUGAUCAAGCGAUGGAAGACUUCAAGGAAAACCUUGUGUUCAAGGAUAAUAGAUACCAUGUUACAUGGCCUUGGAAAAUCGACCGUCAAGAAGUUCCGGAAAAUCGUCCUCUUGCCUUUGGACGAUUAAAGUCAUUAGUAUCGAGGUUCAAAGAUAAACCAGAUGUGUUGCAGAAGUAUGAUUCUGUUAUACAAGAUCAACUUGAAAAGGGAAUCAUAGAAAAAGUUCCGACCUCUAAAAAGAAUGGCCUGACCCAUUAUUUACCUCAUCAUGCAGUGAUCAAACCUGGCAAGUCAACAACAAAGUUGAGAAUAGUGUAUGACGCAUCAGCAAAAACAAAGAUUGAGAAUAGCAGUUUGAACGACUGUCUCUACAGAGGACCCGUGCUGCUAAACAAUCUGUGUGGAAUUCUUUUAAGAUUUCGAGUACAUACGAUCGGUAUUGCGUCAGACAUAGAAAAAGCUUUCCUCCAAAUCAGCUUACAGAAAGAUCAAAGAGAUGUCACGCGAUUCUUAUGGCUAAAGGAUUUAGAAAACCAGAAGUAA